GAGUGAAUUUUGUUGUUGAAUACAACAUGUUGGUACCUGACUUUUGAUUGGAGACAGUGAGUUUCAGUUGUGCUUUGACUGGGGCAACCAUCCAAUUCAUUACGAACAAACUAUUGUGAUCACCAUUGUGUUAUUUUUAGAAAGAGAAAGACGUCUAUGAGUGUAAAGGAAAUGAGAUGAAAUGAGGGGAGGGUGAUGGGGUGUAGAAAUGUAAAAGAUAAACAGAGCGGGGAAGGGGCAGUGUCACAGUGAAGACCGACGUGGAUGAAGGCGAAGUCGUGGACGAGCAGGCAAAAGUCCAGUUGAGCAUCCGACUGCAUGCUGGAUUGGUCGCUCCUCCAGUAGCUCAAGAAGAAGCCAGGAGACAAAAGAUAGAGCAAGACAGGAUAUCAGGGGUCAAAGACAAGAGCUCAUUAGAAAAGCCCCGCUAUUUACCAGAGGAAGAAGUGCCUUUUUGUCAAGUUACCAGCUUUUCAAUCAUUGGUGACACACGACAGAGUCCUGACCAUGACAAGUGUGCGUGUAUGUUUCUGCCUGGCUCUGCUGCUGCCUUGGUGUGUCCAGAGCCAGAGGAGCAGUCCCAUUCUUGCCAGACUGGAUGAAGACACACAGAGGGACUUGCUGGCUGUUGACAUCCUGAAUCGCAGUGGUCUGUUGAACUCAAUGCUCCGAUCAGAGCCUCAGGCUGUGCUCCGGCGAGCACGAGCUCCACGUCCGGCUUCCCAGGUGCCAAAGAGAGCCCAGCAGGGGUCCCGCUUCGCCCUGUCCCUCGAUGUUCCCACCAGCAUCCUCAGUGUCCUCAUAGACCUGGCCAAGAACCAGGACAUGAGGACCAAGGCAGCAGCCAAUGCAGAACUGAUGGCACGAAUAGGCAAGAGGAAAUAAGAAGCAGGGCCCCAGGGAGCCGUCAGGGGCUCGAUGGACAAAAUCUCACCUCACAGAGGAGCUAACUUCUUACAUUGUGGCACUAGCAUUUGGUUAGAAACAAUGUUAGUUCAGCAGUCGUUUAGAGCUUAGAUCUGCUUUACUUUUAUACUUGUGUUACAUUAUUAUAUUACUUACCUCAUUCCGCACCCAUACCACUCCAUCGACUGACUUGAAAUAGAGGUAAUUAAAAAGAACGAUGUAAAACAAACAGACAAUGCAAACGAUGUCAAAUGAUGCAAGAUGAAGCAGGUCUUUUGUCUCACCCACGGGUCACACACUGUGAUCACGUUCUCAAAUCUGUUUCUUGUGUUUGUAUGUGUAGUCUUGAGUUCAGAGCAAAGGUUGUUCAAUUAAAUCCAAUAUGAUACUCAUAUUUUUUUUCUCAAGUCUAAUUCAUUCCACUCUGCACUGAUAUCAGGCACGCUUAGUAUAAUUACAAGCAUCAGCAACCCAUAAAGCACAAAUGAAUGGGUCUGAGCCAAGUGAGCCUGCGUCACCCACAGCACACUCUGAUAUGUGAUAACAGGACAAAGGCGUGGGCAGGAUAUUGACCUCUGAAAGAAGAACAGACCCUUUCUUCAGACCUUAAAUACUUGAUACAUUUGGCAAACAAGUCGCAGCUAUUUUAAGUCUUGUGCAUUAUCUGCUCUCCAUUAGACAAUAUCUGUAGCAUGAUUCAUCUGCACUCCUGCACUGAGCAUGAAAUGUGAAGCAACAGAGUGAAAUAAAUGUUCAUCUGAUUUACAUUUGAGUUUGUUCUGUUUUACGCCGGUCAUGUCAUCACUUCAAACUGUGGUAGCUUCAGUCCUAUAAUAUAACAUGAUGCAGCCACUGUUACCACUACUGGGCAUCACAGGAAACGCUUCAACCACAUUUAUCCAGCAAUUAUUCAGACAUUAGCAUUU